AUGGGGAGCAUCAACACUGGUCCUCAAUCAGACUCCGGCUUUGCUGGUCUGAAGACGAAUGCUAAACGCUUGAAUGACAGCCUGCAAUACUCAUGUCAAUGGGGUGCUACCAACGAUGGAGGCAUGCAUAGAUUAGCAUGUGAUGAUCAGGAUCGACUUGUACGGGAGUGGUUUAUUGCCGAGACAACCAAAUGUGGGUGUUCACACAAAAUCGAUGCCAUGGGAAAUAUCUUUGCUAUUCGGCCAGGCGAAAACAACAACAUACCUCCAAUUGGCCUGGGAUCGCAUCUGGAUACGCAACCCACAGGUGGUAGGUAUGAUGGUAUCUUGGGAGUGCUCUGUGCGAUGGAGGUUUUGAGAGUGAUUCAUGAGGCAAAUGUCACGACUUACGCACCUAUUGCUGUGGUGAACUGGACCAACGAGGAGGGCGCGAUUUUCCCUCCAGCAAUGCUAGGCUCAGGCGUGUGGGCAGGACAGUUUACCCUCGAGCACGGUCAUAGUCGGAAAAGUAUUGAGGGCAAAACAAUGGCAAAGGAAUUAGAGAGAAUCGGGUAUUUAGGCUCAACACCUUGUUCUAGCCAAGAGAACCCCCUCUCGGCUCACUUCGAAGUGCACAUCGAGCAAGGCACAAUCCUGGAUCGUGCAGAAAAGGCAGUGGGAAUAGUGACAGGCGCUCAAACUGUCCGGUGGUUCCGUCUAACCCUCACUGGACGAGCAGAACACACAGGCGGUACCCCAAUGGACAACCGUAGUGAUGCACUACUCGCAGCUGCAAAGGUGAUCGUGGAAGUGAACAAGACUGCCAUUGAACACGGCGCUCGUGCAACUGUUUCGACAGCCAAAUCGUCUCCGCAAAGCAUGAACACAAUAGCGGGGACUGUGGAACUCAGUCUCGAUCUGCGCGCUCCCACGGACCAGGAGAUGGAUGAAUUGGAACAGUCGCUGAAGCAUGCCUUUGAUGCAAUCAAUGCAGAACAUGGUACGAGUCUUGCUAUGGACGUUGUUUGGGAUUCCAAAGCGACACAUUUCGACUCGGAAAUGGUGGAGUGUGUACGUCAGUCAGCCAAAGAAAUUGGCUGUUCUCAUGAGAUGACCAGUUUCAUCGGACACGACAGUGUAUAUACUUCCAAAGUCGUUCCGACAGCGAUGAUUUUCGCACGUUGCAAGGAUGGAAUCAGUCACAAUCCCGCCGAGUACACUCGACCAGAAGAGUAUGCUCAAAACUUGGCUCGUUCUUGA